GACCUCCAAAAAGCGAUUCUGCACAGCGAAGAGGCGCUAGCCGCUAUGCCUCGAAGCAGCCCUAAUCGAGCCGCAGGACACAAUAACCUGGGAGUCGUGUUUUUUACGAGGUUUGAGCGGAAGGGAGACCUUGGUGACCUCCGAAAAGCCAUUAAACACAGCGAAGAGGCACUAGCAGCUACCCCACAAGAUCACCCCGAUAGAGCAAGCAGACACAAUAACCUGGGGCACUGGUUGUCUGCUAGAUUUGAGCGGAUAGGAGACCUUGAUGAUCUCCAGAGAGCUAUUAAGCAUGGCCAAGAGGCGCUAGCUGCCACCCCUCAAGAUCACCCCGAUCGAGCAAUGCGUCACCAUAAUCAGGGAGAGUGGCUCUCUGCGAGAUUUGAGCGGAUAGGAAACCUGGAUGACCUCCGCGAAGCUAUUCAGCAUGGCGAAGAGACAAUAGCUGCUACUCCUCAAGAUCAUCCUAAUCGGGGGGUCGCAAACAAUGGCCUGGGAGCGAGGCUCUAUUUAAAGUUUGAGCGGUUAGGAGACCUUAGAGACCUUCAAAAGGCCAUUACUCACGGGGCAGAGGCACUUGCUGUUACCCCUCAAGAUCACCCGGAUCGAGCGAACGCAUAUAAUAACAUGGGAAACUCAUUCCUUAGGAGGUUUAAACGGAUAGGAGACCUUAGUGACCUCCAAAAAUCUAUCAAGUACUACGAAGAGGCACUAGCUGCCUCCCCUCAAAAUCACCCGAGUCGAGCAGACAGACAGGGGAACAUGGGGGGCGCCUUCUUUAGAAGGUUUGAGAGGAUAGGAAGCCUUGGCGACCUCGAAAAGGCUAUUGAAUGCGGCGAAGAGGCGUUUGCUGCCACCCCUCAGGAUCACCCGGCUCGUGCAGGCAUAUGCAGUUACUUGGGGAAUGUGUUCUGUAGGAGGUUUCAGCGGAUAGGAGACAUUA